AUGUUCUCCAAGCAGGUUCUGCCCGUCCUUGCGGCGGUUGCGGGCGUUGUCUCGGCAGCGUCUUCGUCCUCCAACAUCUGCAAGCAGGACACGUUCACCGUCAACUCCCAGGCUGACAUCACCAACCUGUUGUCUUGCUCGACUCUUACUGGCAAUGUCGUCAUUGGCAACCAGACCGAUGCCACUCUCGACUUCACUGGCAUCAAGGUCAUUGACGGCGACCUGAUCCUGCUUAACAACAACCUGGUCACCACGCUGAAGAGCGACACCACCACUGAGAUCUCGGGGAAUUUCCACCUGCAGAACCUGACCACGCUCUCCACGCUGUCUUUCUCUGACCUGACCUCGGUCGGCUCCAUCAACUGGAUUUCCCUGACUGCCAUCGAUGUCCUGACCUUCACGGCCGGUAUCAAGACCGCGAAGAGCAUCGUUGUCAGCGACACCUUCCUGAGCAGCCUCGACGGUCUUGAUGUUGCCUCGGCCGACACCAUCGACAUCAACAACAACCGCCGCCUGGUUUCGUACACCUCGUCGCUUGGCAACCUCACCACUCUGCUGAAUAUCAACGCCAACGGUCUUGACCUGAACGUCAGCUUCCCCAACCUGAUCUGGAUUGCCAACAUGACCAUCUCCAACGUUUCCAGCUUCAGCGUCCCGUCCCUGGCGACCGUCAAUGGCUCCAUGCGCUUUGACUCCAACUUCUUCGACUCGUUCUCUGCUCCCAACCUGACAGAGACCUCGACCGGCGAUGUCUCGUUUGUCAGCAACGCUCAGCUGUCCAACAUCACCAUCCCCAAGCUGACCAGCAUUGGCGGCGGUUUCCUCCUUGCCAACAACACUGCCCAGCAUAAGGUGAACGGCUUCAACAAGCUGAAGACGGUUGGCGGUGCUAUCAACAUGCGUGGCAACUUCACAGACAUUGAGCUGCCUGCCCUCAACGACGUCAAGGGUGCUUUCGACAUUGUCUCCACGGGUGAUAUCUCCGCCUCGUGCGAUUCCUUUAAGAAACUGGCUCCUUCCUCGCAGGGUGGUGGCGGCCAGAUCCAGGGCAAGUUUACUUGCGAGAGCAACAACGCUCAGGCCAACUCGGACACCAACCCCACCUCGACUGGCAGCUCGAGCGGCAGCAGUCCCACCGGCAAGGGCAACUCGGCUGCUGGCAUCAGCGUCAACUCCAUGGCCGUUCUCGGCCUGGCUGGUGUUGCUGCCUUUGCUCAGAUGCUGUAA